AUGGCUUGGUCCGAAUCGCGAGUCAUUUGCAGACGGCACCCAGAGGAAAUCCCACAGCCAGGGGUUUGCCCAGCCUGUCUGAGACAGAGGUUGUCCGAAAUCGUCGCCGGCAAUUCAAGGCUAUUGACCGGCGACCACAGCUAUUACUAUUCGCCUGAUUCUCCUUCGAUUUCCGGUUCGCCUGCGUAUAUCUACGGCUGCUCCGAUUCCGGCGGAUGUCCUUCGCCCGCGGUGGAGAUCCGCCGCCGCGGGCGACGGCGGAUUGCUUCGGAUGUGAUGGACUCGAUUUAUAUGGCGAUCAGUGGUGGGAAUGGGUUGAAAAAGAGUCGGUCCAUGGCGUUUGCGUCGAGGAGUGUUGUGGGGGAUGGAGAUGGCGGCGGCGGCGGCGGCGUGAAUAGGAAGAAGAAAUUAGGGUUUUGGAAUAAGCUGCUGCUGAGGACUACUGGAAGGAAAUCAAAAUUUUGA